UCUCAAGCUCCGCCACUGCUUCAACGUAACCCUCCCUUCGCAAUGUAAGUCAUCUCAUUCCAGUUUCUUCUCAAUCGCUUCAAUAUUCUAAUCUUCCGUCUUCCCAAUUUCAGCUUCACCCUUCCAGAGCUUACACCUUUCACCGCCGUUCUCAUAAACGCAGCGAGGGGUUACGUGGCACUGUCUGUAUUAGACCUAAUCGAAUAGUCCUCAAUUUCAAUUAUACCUUAAAAUGGACUCCGUUGUGAACGCGGCAUUGGAAGAGAUAUGCGGUGAGAUUGAAAACGGAGUCACUCUCGCAGACCUAUGGUCGAAGCUCGAAACCUCACCCUCGCUUUCAUCCUCCAAUCUCCAUCUCUCUCCUACUGUGAAGAAAGCCAUAUGGAAAAACCUACUCCGCAUUCCCACUCUCCGCUUCGAACCGCAACCCUCUUCUUCGGAGCUACACGAUGCCGAAAACCUAAACCUAAAGAUCUUCCCUCAGCAGAGCCUCGCUGAAAACUUCGUCGGUCUCUACGAUUCCCAAACGCUUCAACAAGCCCAAAUGCGUGUCCUUCACCUUCUCGCCAACGCUAGAGCCAACGGUAUCACUCAAACUCAGCUCGCUAAACAAUUGCGCAUUGAUCCCAAUAACUUCCACUAUGUCUUGCGGAGUCUCGAGUGUCAGGGGUUGGUUGUCAAGCAUUCUGCUAUUGAGAAGAAGAAACACAUCUCCACGAGUGGCGAAUCGAAGAACUACCCGUGUGUGACUACGCAUCUGGUGUACUUGCGUCGCUACGCCAAACAACUCGCCUCUCACCAGAGGCUUGAAUUUGAAAUUACCAAAUUCAAUGCGCCGGAGGAUGACUACGAGGAGGUUACAGAUGGAGCCACAUUGAAGACUGAUGUUCAUCUUAAUGAUUAUGCUCCUCAAAUGAAAGCUGUUUGUGAAAAACUUGCGAAAGCCGAUGGCAAGGUUCUUCUUGUGUCUGGUAUUAGGAAGGAGCUUGGGUACUGUGGAUCGCGUCAAAGACAAAGGGCUUGGAGACAUAUUUCUCAUAAGUUGAAAGCAGAUGGUAUUGUGGAGCAGUUUGACGCCAAGGUGAAUGGCAAGAUUGAGGCUUGCUUGCGGCUUCUUGAUCCAAUAACUACUGGAUCUGGAAAUGAAGAUAAAAAGUUGAACUCUGGGAAAAUAUGUCAAGUUAAUGAUCAGCUUGUGGAGCUUCCCAUUGAGCAUCAAAUUUUUGAUAUUAUUGAUGCUGCUGGAUCUUGUGGCAUUACUUUGAAGGAGAUAUGUGAGAGGCUUGGGAUUGAACUGAAAAAGAAUCACAUUCGACUUAUAAAUUUGUGCUAUAGAUUUGGAAUGAAAGUGCAGGAAGAGCAAUGCCUAAAAUCUAAGACAAUUCGAGUUUGGACAUAUAAAAAUUUCAAACCUGAACCUGAAGUUGAACUUAUUUGCAAGCUUGAUGAAAAUAAAAGUUUAGACAGUGUGCCUGACAAUUCAAAAAUAAUAUCUGAAUUUGACGCUUCAACCACUAGUGGAGAACUUGCUGCCCCUGAAAAAAUGGAAGAUAGAGGAGUUGGUGCAGAACUAUCUUGUAUAUCUCCAAGAAAUACUGAGUCAAACUCUGUACAAACAGCAACAGCUUUGCAAGAUUUGGUCCUUGACCGAAGAGAUACAGUUUCUCACUGCAAAUAUGUCAGUUCAUCGGUGGAGGCAGACAAUGCACCAUCAGGAGCAUCUCCAUCUGAUGUGUUGAAACCAUUCUCUGCAGGGUCAUCCCAAAGAUAUGCAAGUUUAUCUUUCACUGUGGAUAACACUAGAAGGGCAAAUAGGAUACUCGAAAGAUUAAAGGAUGAAAAGUUCAUUUUGAAAUCUGAGAUAAGUAGAUUUCUUAAUAGCUUUGAGAGGCAUAAGUCUACAAAAGUGGACCGCAAGACUAUUGACCGAAUAUUAACCAAACUUCAGGAACUAGGGCAGGUCAAAUGCAUAACAGUACAUUCACCUGUUAUUACUGAAUAUUCUAAGACAAAAGACUGUGUGGUAGUUGUGCAUCCAUCUAUGAAUCUAUCUCCUGAGUUAUUUGAUGAAAUUCAAGAUAGAGUGCGAUCAUUUAAUAAUUAUAUUCGCAGCAAAAGUACUUCAAAUCAGAAAAAUGACGACUUGUUACCUGUAAUGGAAGAUAUUCAAAAAACUGAAAGUGUAAUAGCUCCAGAUGGGCAGGCUAGUAAAGCAGAAGCCAUGCGUGCUAAUGGAUUUGUAUUAGCAAAAAUGCUUCGUGCAAAGCUGCUGCACAGCUUUCUUUGGGAUUCUCUGCAUAGGUCAACAAGUCAUAUUUCUGGUUUAUCAAUUAGAAAAUGUGGCUAUGAGCUAACUGAUACUCCUCAUAGUAGCAGCAAACUAUUUUCUAUAGAAGCAACUAUUAAAGAAAUGUCAGUUGAAUUAUUCUUACAAGUUGUUGGGUCCACUCAAAAAUACGAAGAAAUGAUUGAAAAGUGCAAGAUGGGUUUACGUCUUUCUGAUCUUCCUCUAGAGGAGUACAAGUGUUUAAUGGAUGCUCAAGCAACAGGAAGGCUGUCAUUAGUUAUUGACAUUUUACGGCGAUUAAAGUUGAUUCGGAUGGUAACUGAUGUACAAUCUGGAGGAGUAAAAAUCCCUCGUACUUUUACUCACACAAUGGAGCUUAGGCCUUAUAUUGAGGAACCCAUUUCAAAUGAUGCAGCUACUUUAAGUUUUUUAUCUCUUGAUCUUCGACCAAGAGUCAGGCAUGAUUUUAUUCUGUCCAAUAGAGAUGCUGUUGAUGAAUAUUGGAAAACGUUGGAGUAUUGCUAUGCUAGUGCUAAUCGAAAAGCUGCUUCAUAUGCAUUUCCUGGAUCUGUGGUCCAUGAGCUUUUCCGCUUCCGUUCAUGGGCAUCUACUCGCCUUAUGACAGCUGAACAACGUGCUGAGCUUUUAAAGCAUGUAACAAAGGACAAUCUUAAUGAAAAAAUUUCAUUUAGGGACUCUGAGAAGAUUGCAAAAGAUCUUAAUCUUUCCAUGGAACAGGUACUUAGCAUGUAUUAUAGUAUGCGUCGUCGCCAUUCCAUUAAUCAGUUCAAAGAUGAAGAGAAAGAGGACAAUUCACCUGAAUGCAACAGUAACUCAUCUCGUUGUAGGCAAAAAAAAUUCACUGAGCUCAGGCCUGCAAAACGUGCAAAAAUUGAUGCAGUAACUGAUGUGGGCAUGCACAUAGAAGAAUCACAUAAUUUGGGCAUGCAUUCAGGAGAGUGUGCCUCAGACAUUCAAGAAUUUGAGGAUAGUGUGCCUCAAGAUUCUAUUCCCCUUAUAGGCCAGUGUCUCUUAACCAAAGUGAAGCCAACACGCCAAAAGAGAUUCAUUUGGUCAGACAAAACUGAUAGGCAGUUGGUGAUCCAGUAUGUUAAACACCGAGCUGUUCUUGGUGCCAAAUAUCAUCGCAUAGAUUGGAGGUCAAUUUCUGAUCUUCCAUCUUCUCCACGAGCUUGUAGGAGAAGAAUGAAUUUGUUGAAUAGUAACUUGACAUUUAGGAAAGCUGUGAAUAGACUGUGUAACAUGCUCAGUGAACGAUAUGCAAAGCAGCUGGAAAAGUCCCAGAACUUGUCAUUUAACAAACAUGAUUGCAAACAGUUUGUGCGAUCCCAGUCCUGUGAAGGUACCCCCAGUAAUUCUAGUUCUAAUGUUGAAAUUCAAAUGACAAGUCUAGAGAGAGAAGCUUGGGAUGACUUUGACAACAAAAAUAUUAAGACAGCCCUUGAUGAGAUUCUUCGCUGCAAGAUGAUGGCUAAGCUGGAUGCCUCCUCCCAAAAAGUUCAACUGCAAUAUGAAGGGUGGUCAGAUGCAAAUGUGAAGGAUGAUGGAUAUGAAUCUCAAGAAAAUGAAGAAAAUAUGUCAGCUAUUCCUCGUGAAACUAUUCAGAGUCAUCAUGGGAAACCCCAUACAUUUUCUGCUCAAAGAUCACGGCGGCGGCGGCGCCUUGAUACUAAAUUUACCAUGUUUUUCAAUAAUGUGGCUAAUGCUUAUGCACAAGUAAACGAAUCAUUGGCUGUUUCAAACGCUGUAGAGCUAUUUAAACUUGUCUUUUUAAGCACCUCAACAGGUCCUCGGGCACCAAAUUUACUAGCUGACAUUCUUCGGCGAUACACAGAGCAUGAUCUAUUUGCUGCUUUUAACUAUCUUAGAGAGAAAAAAAUUAUGAUUGGGGGCACUGGCGGUGAACGUUUUGAACUAUCACAACAGUUCUUGCAGAGUGUUUCUAGGUCACCAUUUCCAUGUUAUACUGGAAAGCAAGCUGUUAAGUUUUCUGCAUGGCUGGAGGAAAGAAGCAAAGACCUCACAGAAAUGGGUGCUAAUCUUGCUGAAGAUCUACAAUGUGGGGACAUUUUGCAUUUGUUUGCUUUAGUUUCAUCGGGUGAACUUUCAAUUUCACCAUGCCUACCAGAUAAUGGUGUUGGAGAGGCUGAAGACUUGAGAAGUGCUAAGCGUAAAUCUGAUGCUACAGAGUCUUCAUAUAGUGAUAAAGCUAAAAAAACAAAAACCUUGUUUGGAGUAGAAGGUGAAGGUAUUUCUCGUCGGGAAAAAGGUUUUCCUGGUAUCAUCAUUUCUGCACACCGUACAAUAAUUUCAAGAGCUGAUAUUUUAAAUUUGUUCAAGGAUAAUAGUAACAAUGGACAACCUUUUGAUGGCGAUUUCCAUUUAAAUGUUGGCCAAAGCAGUAAUUAUUCACUUCCUGACAAUAUGUUGGAAAUCACUAAAUCUAAUGACCCUACUAUACCUCUUGAAGAAAACCAUACUAAAUCACCCUGGGAAGCUAUGGCAAGCUAUGCUCAACGUUUGUUGUCAGAGCUUUCCAAUCAAGAACAUGCAUAUGCCAUUUGUGCUGAGGUCUUCCAGGUUGUUUAUGCUGCCAUCCAAAAGGCUGGUGACCAAGGAUUAAGCAUGGGAGAAAUUUCCCAGGUUAUAAACUUGCCAGGAGCAGAGGUAGAUGGAUUGAUCAUUGAUGCUCUUCAAGCAUUUGGGCAACUCUUAAAGGUCAAUGCUUAUGAUACUGUCCGGGUUGUGGAUACCUUAUACCGUCACAAGUACUUUUUGGCACCUGUUUCUGAUUUUCAUCGACAGGAACAUCCUUCCUCAAUAAAAAACAUUAAGAAAAGUAAUCAUAAAUGUAAACUUUACAAUUCAGAAGAAAGGGAUACUACUUCUGUUGAUGCUCCAAGUGAAAGAAGCACUGCCAUUGAUAAUGUUCAUAGAGUGACAAUUCUUAAUUUUCCACCUGGGGAUGUGAAUCCUGAAAAUCAAGAUUGUGAUAGGAAUGGAGGCUCUAAGCAAGAUAAACAUGGUUUAUCCAGUGUCGAUAACGAGAAAGAAACACUCAAUUUUUCUUCUGCUGAAUUAUGUGUGCCAAUAUUGCCAUGGAUCAAUGGAGAUGGGACCAUCAACAACAUUGUUUACAGGGGACUCAGACGUCGUGUUCUUGGAAUAGUGAUGCAAAACCCAGGGAUAUUGGAGGUUGAUAUUCUACAUCACAUGCACGUGUUGAAUCCACAGAGCUGUAGAACCCUCUUGGAACUGAUGGUUCUGGACAAACACCUAAUUGUGAGGAAGAUGCUUCAAAAUAUGUUUGAUGGGGGACCCUCGUUACUUCAGGAUCUUAUUGGAAGCAAAUCCAGCCAAUCAAAGUUAGUUUUCCGAGAGCAUUUCUUCGCUAAUCCCAUGAGUACUUCCUUGUUGUAGGGAAUCUGUGGCAUCGACAUGAGUACUUCCUUGUUAUAUAUAUAUAUAAAGAGUAAAUUGUGUCUGUAUAGUAACAAAUUUAUAGGCGAUUUAGGAUACUGGCAGUUUAUUUUUGGAAGAAUUGUAACUUAGGCAGUUCUAGUUAAUAUGUUUCAGGCUAGGAACUUAGGAUUUUAGAUAUUAAGUUGCUGCAAUCCUACAUGAGCAGAGCAAGUUGGUAAGUAUUAGAGUAAAUUAGUGUACAGUAUUUUACUCGUUUGGUAAAUCAGAGUAAAUUAGAGCAGAGAAUUGUUACA